CGUUUCUUUUUCUUUCUUGAUCGGCUUUAAAUCUGUUUCCCUCUCCCCCCUUACCAAUUCGCCAUACUCUCAGGUUUCAGUCCCGUCUCCGAUCCGAUCCCCUAGAGAUCCGGAAGGGAAAUCUGUCAAAGAUAGAAAAUGGGACGUGGAGUGAGCAGUGGAGGGGGUCAGAGCUCUUUAGGCUAUUUGUUUGGUGGCGGCGAGGCUCCCAAAUCUGUUUCUGAUGAUGCUGCACCAGUUCAAAAGCAAGCUCCUCCACCCCCUAUUAACAAAGAGAUUCCAGCUGGUAUCCAAAGCAGUCAAGCAAAAACCUUCUACCGAGCAGAUGGGCAGAACUGUGGAAAUUUCAUCACAGAUCGACCUUCCACAAAGGUGCAUGCUGCUCCUGGAGGUGGUUCUUCCCUUGGUUACUUGUUUGGUAACGGGAGUAACUGAUGCUAUUCUUGGCUGUUUAAAGCAGUGAGAUUGUUGGAAUGAAGGUUUAUUGCAUAUGGCAGGUGUCAUAAAAGACUUAUGUAAAUUACGUUUGGUUAUGUAUGGCAUCCUAAGAAUAUGUACUAGAUGAUUGCCAGAAUGACUGAGAGACAUGUAAUGUGAUUGCAUAUUAUCCUCCUUUAAGUGAAUGACCUCUCAAUCCAUUCUCAUGAUAUUAUGGU